AUGAGCGUUAAGGCAGUCACCAAUGGAGGGAGGAUGAGGAUAACAGAGGUCAAUCCUCAUUUAAUAUGUGCCCUGUGUGGAGGAUACUUAAUUGAUGCCACUACUAUUGUCGAAUGUUUACACUCAUUUUGUAAAACAUGUAUAAUGCGUUACUUAGAAACCAGUAAAUACUGCCCAAUCUGUGAAGUUUUAAUUCAUAAAACACGACCAUGGCAAAACAUCAGACUAGACGAAACCUUACAGAAUAUAGUGUACAAGGUAGUCCCAGGCUUGUUUCAAAGAGAAAUGAAGAGAAGAAGAGAAUAUUACGACAAUCAACCUGUCCCGUCUAAAUCGAGUGGUAAAGCAAGGACGUCAAAUAGAAUUAUAUUUGCUGCCGAUGAAGACUUCAGCAUUUCAUUGGAAUUUUGGCCUGAGUAUAACAUUGCAUUUUUCUACUUACAGUUACACGAUCGACGAUAUUUACUGUGCCCUGCUGCUGUGAACAUGUCACAUUUAAAACGAUUUAUUAGAAAUAAAUUUUCCUUAUCAGAUAGAUAUCAGAUUGAUAUUUACCAUACCAACCAGCCAUUGAGUGAUCACUUCACUCUGAUAGAUGUCGCUUAUAUCUACUCCUGGAGACGGGUAAGGAUAUCUACCUAUGUUUUAUUUUAUUUUUCAAUAGAAAGAGGAAAGACUAAGUUCAACUGA